CUUAUUUAGUAUUUUUAGAUCUCUGUCACUUCCAAUGACAGUUUAGUAUGUCCAAUAAAUACCCCACUAUUAAUUAUUUGUCAGCCAGUUCAACUUCUCUUCAACUUCAACACAUCCCCAGAGUCUCCAACCAUGUCGCUGUCAGACCCUGAUCCUGAUUAUGUUGAGAUCAUUGAGCCAGUUGUCUACAAAUUCUGUGAUAUUAAAGAUCGGAUGACCACAGCAUGGCAAGAAGUAUUCAAAGAUGAAAGAGAUAUUGAGGUUCAUAAGGGAGACAUCUUCAAAGAUGGACCAGCAGCUGAUGCAAUUGUAUCUCCAGCCAAUAGUUUUGGGUUCAUGGAUGGAGGUAUAGACAUGGCAUAUACAAGACAUUUUGGAUGGCAGCUGUCUGAGCGUCUUCAAAAAGUGAUUAGAAAAGACUACGAUGGAGAAGUUCUUGUGGGUCAAGCAGUCAUCAUACCCACUUUUGAAGGGGAACCAGAAGGGGAUGACUGGUCCCAGUACAACCAGGGACAAAUGAUAAAGUAUCUUAUCUGUGCACCAACCAUGAGAGUACCUCUAAAUGUGUCGGAGACGGCCAAUGCUUUUUUGGCAUUUAAGGCAGUUAUUUUAGCAGUGAAUAAACACAAUGCCAACCUCAAGGACAACCAGGAAAAAAUUCGAAGUGUGCUAUGCCCCGGACUUGGGACAGCUGUGGGCAAGAUGCCUGCAGACAGAUGUGCAUACCAGAUGCUGACCGCCUACCAGAUGUUCUAUAAGGGUGAACUCUCCGACCUGAAGGAACCAUCUCACUUGAUGCAUGUGCACAAUCAUCAUUUUGAUAUGAUCGAGUUCAAGAAACCCUCCACAUAACGACCUGUGACCUCCUGCUCGCUAGAUGCUACAUUAUGCAGUAUUGUGAUAAAAUGAAAUUGAAAAAUUUAAAAGGCGCCAAAAAUUUGCGGCUAACGAUGUCUUAAGCAUUCUCCUGUCAUCCUGGGAAGUCUUCCUCAAUAGUCUCCUUCCCUGGUAACAUGUAGAUGAGGAUCGAGUAUAUGUGAAGAUCAAGGACCCUAGCAGCAGCGGUUUCGUUCUUGCAAGAAUGAGACUGCUGAACAACUUGUUUCUAAAAUGCUCGUCCAGCCAUGUAGAUCUGGUCAGAAAAAUUUUGUAUUGUUAAUAAUAAACUCAUAUUGUUUGAAA